AUCAGCGAAAAAAACAAGUUUGUUUUCUUUCCAUCAGUCAGUCAGCACAUUACGCUGCUGCUGUUAUCGCACGUUCGAUAUAACACGAUCGUCUUCCAUUUUUGGCCGUGACUAAGAGGCGUAUUAAAUACCACGUGAUUGUUUGUGAGUUGGGGUCAAAUUUCAAUUGAUAUACGUUUUGCUUGGAGUUUGGGAAUGUUUUCAACUAUUCGGUCAAUAUACCAUGGCAGACAAUGCGUUCGGGAUUUUCCUGGUUGCAAGUUCGUGUAUUCUGAGGUAGAGCAAAAGAUUGGAAAGAAGGCCAAUUUUGACAGAGUGUUACUACGUUUGAUUUUAGUAGUUGUGGCUGGCCUUGAGCGGGGCGUAAUUCAAUAGACCAUAAUAGCUUUAAUUACAUCGCCUCAGGUAAUAAUUCCUCGGUAUUUCUAUUGUGCUACGCCAGCUGAAAAACCUGCACAUCAGUUGCUUAACAAACCAAAAGAGAACCGAGAAGUAGAGGAGACUUAUCGUCCGUGUUGUUUGUUUACCAAGAGUAUAUCUCCGUGGUCUAACAACCUGUUUCGCCACCUGUUGAAUCACGACGAGAGUUACCAUGUGCAUCGAGUUAUUUGAAUCUGAGGAAAACUGACAGAACUGACCCUGUAAGCCUAAUGAAUAAAUAGGCAGCCAAAAGAAGGAUGACGGGCUUCUCAAUUACGACAUCUUGUCGUUGAGUUCCAUAGGUUCAAGGCCAGAACUGACGUCACGAUCAAAAGGCGCGAGAGCUCGAAGAUUUCAUACCACAAGAGUACACGGCCACACGUGUGAAGGCCACGAAAGUGAGGUGGUGAUUAAUUACUUUCAGUCUGCUACUGGGUAACUCAGAUGAAAGGGAGACAUGUAAAAGGACAGCAGCGACUUCAACCUUUUGGUUUCAGGUCGCAAAUUACAAAAUCGUUGGAAUACUUUCCAUUUUCACGGAGGAGGUCAACAAAAAAAAAAGACAAAAAACAUUGAAAUGGUUUUGAACAGUUUUUUCGCAUGAUGUCACAGGAGCAACAACAUGUUUCUUCAAACAAGUUGCAUCACGAAGCAUCAGCUGAGUGCAAUGGACACUUUGGCGUUCGUACGAAAAACAGGGGACAUAUCGAAAUCGACGCAAAAUGUUCAAACUUUUAGAAACGAAAUUGCGCACCGAUUCCACGUCAUUGCGCAAGACUACCGGGCCGUUUGCUAAAAAGCGGAGAAGACGGACAACGAGCUGCCAGUUCGACGCUAGGCGAGCGUCGAGACACACUUCACUGGUGGUUUAGAGCUGACUUCCGAACCUAUAGUGCAUCACCAAAUGAUGGCAGAUACAAACAUUGUUACUCCAAGUUCCAGUUCACUUUAUUCUACACGGCUUCCGUGAACUUUUUAACGGACGGCUAAAAUCCCCCCCCCCACAGAAAGUUUCUCGAAAACGCCUACAUAAACUUUUCUUUGCUGCAAAGAACUUGAAUUGUAUCGCAAGUAAACAACAGGACUACUUCUCUCCUUUCGGGCAACUACUGGCUUUUUCGCGUGAAGUUGGCGAUCAAAAAUCGGCAACACUAUGCUGCCCGAAAUACUUCAUGUGGUGAUGAUUGCAGCCAGCGUGACCUCGACAAUGUCGAUCCAAGUAGAAGGAUCGGUUUGGACGCCAUCGACCGGCAAAUGUCUCACUGACGAACAACUAGCGGCGGUAGGGCUCAACACGGCGCAAAAACCAGCCCGUUCAUUUUUGCACGACAAUAAAGCACUGGAACUGAGACUGGAAGCAUCGGACAGAGUCACUCACCAACUAUCGACUGCCGUGUUUGCCAUAUUCAUCCGGGAAGUGCUCGGCUACCGGAGCGUCACCAUAACUAAGCGGCGCGACGCUUUCAAUGUGUCGGCCGUGCUGACACGUAUGACAGGAUGCUCCAAUCCUAUCAAUUGCGAUUCGGCCGAGUUGCAGUCGGAAUCGUUCGUGCCGGAGACAAUGAUCAACCUGGAAGUGUGGGUACCACUCGGAUACAAUAUGGAACAAUGGUCGGAUACCGGAAACUUGGAAGAAUGCGGUCUAUUGGGACCUGGUGGAAGGUUCGGUUGGUUCAUGCCCGAGUGGACGAGCCAUCGUAUUCCGAUUGCCGAUCACUGGCGAAGUCUUCAAGAUCCGGAGAUCGCAUCGCAUUUUGACGUCGACAUCCAAGAGAUGAGCCAAUUGGCCGAGUUCACAAAGGAUCCUUCCACCGGAAGGUACUAUUGCGAUGCCAAUUAUUGCGACAACGGCGUUUUCUAUCCCGAUUAUUGUCGACCCGACAUUUACGGAAAUAUUCCACCUUGCGCCGUCCUUCUAGCUGAAUAUCCAGAUUACAUGGGCUUUUUGAUCAAGCAAAUUCCCUCGCUCAAACUGCUAGUCAAAGUCGUUUGGCUGGGACCCAACGCCGAUCGAGUUGUUCGUGAUUUCGUCAGUGACGUCAAACGACGCAAAUCCGGACGUUCCAUUCUGUUUUUCGCGUGGCGUCCGAGCACCAUUACCGAGAGCGAUGAUUUCCUCAGCUUGUCUUUCCCACAGUGUGAAACUUUGUCAACCCCCGAUAGCGACAUGAAAUGUGCCUACGAGUUCCAGCGCUUCGAAAAGGUUGCCUGGUCCUACCUAAAGAAGGGAGCCAAACUCGUCUUCGAGGCUCUUCAACGGGUCUUCUUCACCCAGGAAGAGUACACGGCCAUGUUGCGAUUGUACAAUAAAAAACAGGAAGAAGAAUCGCAAGUGGACAAAAUUGCUUGCGACUGGAUGAAAGACAAUCCGCAAGUUUGGUCACAAUGGAAACCCUCCGAUUUAAAUGUCAAAAUGGAGCUCUACAUCGGUGGGAUCUUCCCUAUCAGCGGACCGUCGUACAAGAGCGGACCCGGGAUGGUGCCAGCUGCCCAAAUGGCCGUUGACGCCAUCAAUCGGAACGAGACCAUCCUGAGGGACUACGAUCUGAAAUUGCUCGUCGCCGAUGGCCAGUGCUCAGCCGACAUGGUCAUGAAGAGUUUCAUUGAUUAUCUGCGCUUCAAACACUUUAACCGCAUGGUUGGCAUUCUCGGUCCGGCGUGUUCCGAAACGGUGGAAUCCGUGGCGGGAGUUUCAAAACGUUUCAAAACGAUCGCCAUCAGUUACAGCGCUCAAGGAUCGAGUUUCUCGGAUCGGGACAAGUUUCCUUAUUUCUUCCGCACGAUCGGCGAGACGGGCCAAUUCAAAUACGUCUUUUUAACUCUACUCCAACAACUUGGCUGGAAACGGGUGGGCGCAUUGAUGAGCGACGGCAAAAAGUACUCCGAUUACGUGACCACUGUACAAGAUUACGCAGAAAGUAACAAAAUCACGUUUGUUACCACACGUAAAAUAACGAGCAGCUCUUCACUCGAAUAUUUAAAGGAUCUCAAAGCAAAAAGAGUCAAGAUCAUCGUCGGUGAGUUCAAUGAAGAACGGGCUUGCGAAGUCAUGUGUCAGGCAUACAGACUCAACAUGACGGCCAGGGAGGGCUACAUCUGGUUUUUACCAAAUUUCAAUUCUGAACUCCUUCAGAGUUUCAAGCCUCUUUGGUACGAUGUCGACCGACGUGUCAAUCAAUCAAAUCGCAGUUUGGAAGCUAUUCCGUGUUCUACCGAGCAAAUCAUUCGGGCAAUUGAUGGUCAUUUCUACAUGACGUAUUCGAGUUAUGCACCAAACGAAAGUCUCAUGCAAGAAGGGACGAACGUCAGUGACUGGCGAAGGCGCUACGAGUUCCAGUGCGCCCGAUUCAACACAUCGACUUCGGAGUAUGCCAGUUACAUCUACGAUUCCGUAUGGACCUACGCCUUGGCCCUGGAUAAAUUACUGAAAGGCAACGAGUCGCUAGCUGCAGACUUCCAUACCGAUCACACCACAGAGAGUCUGAGAAGAAUCAUCAAUGAGACGGAUUUCAUUGGUGUUUCCGGAAGACUGAGAUUUACUGGCGGGCUGUCUCGCCAUUCUGAUAUCAAAGUCUUCCAAUGGAUCAACAAGUCAAGUGAACUUUUAGGCAGAUUCCUGCCCGUCGUGCGUUCAAAAUCAUCAAAGUUAAAUACGGGGCAUUCAAACUUCAAUAAAUCGCUCAUCAAGUGGCUGACAUGGGACGGAAAGCAGCCGGUAGACGACCCGGAACCUGGAACCAAUGUUUGCGUUUUGGAAGGAUUGGCACAUUUGUUAAAUGUCGAAUGCGAAGCCGCAAUUGUCGUCGCCAACAUUUUAGGUUUCGGGGUGUUCGCCGGCUGCCUCGUCGGUUUCUUCUUCGUUUUCAAGAGACGCUACGAACGAAAAGUGGAACAGACGGAAGAAAGAAUGCGCGCGCUCGGACUUCUUUCUUCCGGCACCCUUCUAACACUCGACGAAUGGGAAAUACCGCGCGAACGGAUCGUCAUUAACCGCAAGUUGGGCGAAGGCGCUUUCGGGACUGUCUACGGUGGCGAAGCAUUCUUCGAUGACAAAGGAUGGGUUAGCGUUGCCGUGGCCGUCAAAACACUCAAAGUGGGUUCAACUGUCGAAGAGAAACUGGACUUUCUUAGUGAAGCCGAAAUGAUGAAGCGCUUCAAUCACAAAAAUAUCGUGCGCUUAUUGGGUGUUUGUACGCGUAACGAACCCGUUUACACAGUCAUGGAAUUCAUUCUCUACGGCGAUUUAAAAACGUAUUUGCUGGCGCGACGUCACUUGGUGUACGAAAAAAGCCGCGAAGAUUCAGACGAAAUCUCCGGUCGUCGGUUGACGGCCAUCGCCCUAGACGUGGCUAAAGCUUUGAGCUAUUUGGCCGAACUCAAAUACGUCCAUCGGUUGGUGUCUAUCAUUGCGUCCGAUAUAAUUCGAUCGUCUUUAAUACCGUUGUUUCACUGCAGGGACGUCGCAUGUCGAAAUUGCCUAGUGAACUCGAAUCGCGUUGCAAAGCUUGCUGAUUUCGGGAUGGCACGUCCCAUGUACGAAAACGAUUACUACCGCUUCCAUCGCAAAGGCAUGUUACCCGUGAGGUGGAUGGCGCCAGAAAGCUUGGUAGACGGCCUCUUCACGCCAAUGACUGACAUUUGGUCUUACGGUGUUCUUCUCUACGAGAUAAUCACAUUUGGUAGCUUCCCAUUCCAGGGAAUGAGCAACAAUCAAGUAUUGGGGCAUAUUAAGAAUGGAUUGACUAUCGACAUCCCCGAUGGAGUUAAACCUCAACUGGAAACUCUAUUAAAAUCAUGUUGGCAUCGGACACCAUCCCUAAGACCUCAAGCGGCCGAAGUGGUUGAAUUGCUGACCAAUAACACCCGGUUGAUCCAGCCAUGUGUAGGCAUCCCGUUAUCAUCAAUCCAGAUAGAGGGGAGCAAUUCUUUAGAAUUACAAUUACCCGCUGCCGUCACCGUUCAUGGCUGUCAAGUGCGUAAAUCGAAUUCCGGCGGUAAUAACAAGUUGGGUUCCAGUAGUUUGGCCAGCAAGCUAGCUUCCUUGGACCUAUCUCUGGGCAGUGGGGGUGGUUCUGCCAAUAACAGCGAUAGCCUACUCUGCGAUCCACUCUUGAUGAAUCCGUAUCCUGCCUCGCAUUUCGUUACGCAGUACAUCACGCUCCAGCACAGGACUUCGGGCGAACAUAUAUACAUAGCGGAAACACGCGAAAAUGGGUCCAGUCAGGUUUGAAAGGAAUUUAAUAAACAGCAAGGGUUUAACUGAUUAUUUAAUACCUUUCAAGUCAUGUCUAAAUUUGUAUACUCCGUAAGCUCGCCUAAAGCAGCAAAUUAUCGAAUGUAUAUGUGAUGCACGUCUAUUAUUCUUGUUUCUUUUCAAUGUUUGCAACACAUUAAAAUUGGGGCGCAAUCCGCGAAUCGAUAUACAAGCCCCAGCAAUGUCUACGUAAUAAUUGUUGCUGAUGAAUAUACGCAUUGUUCAAACGA